AUGGGGCUGCAUUCAGAGGCAGCGUAUCUCGCGGGUGACUGGGCGCUGUGGCAGAUGGUGGACUCUUUGUACCCGACAGGAGGCUUUGCGCACUCGUUGGGUUUGGAGGCCGCCACACAGGAGGGCCUCGUGGCUGGCACGUCGCUGCGCCACUUUAUCUCAGCGUCGCUGCACCAAAGCGGUAACUUCGCGCUUCCCCUCGUCUUCUCUGCUCACCAGAUCGCUAGGACGACCGAUCUCGAAGCCGAAACACUUGUGAAAUCCUUUUUGAAUCUGAAUAGCCGCAGUACUGCGCUCUAUUCGAACCACGUUGCUCGCAAAGCCUCGUUCGCCCAAGGUGCGGCUCUGCUGAGACUGGCGCUGUCCACGUACGCACCGAGCUACCCUCGCAUCCAGGUGCUGCUGACGAUUCGAAAAGAGGCAAAGAAAAGUAAACAAGGAGGCAUCCACCACGCUGUACUUUUUGGUGUUAUCUGUGCGCUGCUGGGCGUGGAAGCCGAGUCGACGCAGCGUAUGUAUCUAUUUGUGACAACACGCGACGUGCUGAGCGCCGCCACGAGACUCAAUCUGGUGGGUCCGCUUAAAGCUGCGAAGCUGCAGUUUGAAAUGAUGCCGCUGUUGGAGAAAGUGUUCCAUGCCAAGAAGAACCGAGCCGUGGAGAACUCAUAUUCAUCCGCCCCCGUGCUGGAUCUCGUGCAAGCCAUGCAUGAUCAGCUCUAUACGCGUAUCUUCAACAGUUAA